AUGCCUAAGUGUUUCUCUUGUAAUAAAACUUUUAAAGACUGGCAAGCAUUGGGUAAUUAUAUUAGAAAACAUCAAGACAACAGUAAUGAUGAUUUACCUUCUCCAAGCCAAACAAAAUUUCAAAUUUUAUCUAAAAAAACCUCCAAAGUUUUUAAUAAUAGAAGCAUUUCUAGAGAACAAAACGUACUUGAAAAGAUGGAAGACAAAACCUUGACAUUUCACUUUUCAACUAUACAAACUCUUCUUAAAGCCAUGAAUCUUUUUGACACAAGCAAUUCUCAUAGCAACAUAUUCAAUAAUGAAUUUGCAAUAUCCGAUUUAUCAGAUAUGACAAAUACAGAUGUUAAUGAAUUCACUGAAUAUAAUAAUUUAAUUGCUAGAAAACCAAAAGGCUCUGAAGAUAUAUACUAA